AUGACCUUCGCUCUAUCAUGUUUAGCGCUUUCGGUGCGACUUAUCGCUCUCCCUAGGCCUUGGUCAAGGGUACUAGCAUAUCCAUACACCACCAGUGCCAUCCUGUACUCACCUAGUCCGUUGAAGAUGGACGCCAAAAAUGUCUACGCUAGAGAAUGGUUCAGACGAAACCCUGAAAAGCACAACAGAGCAAUCACCAAAUGGAUACGAGAAAACCAGGACAAAAGGCGCGAAAUAGUGCGAGCCUCGGACCAGAAAAGGCACGUUUACAUAAGGUUGUACAAACUCUUGAUCAAUUACGAGUGGCCGAUGCAACAUUUUACAUGGAAGACACACACUCCGGUGAAGACUCAGGAAGCAGUCAAGCGCGCUUGUUCCUCCUGCGGCCGCUACGAAAGGCAAGGACUACGACUAUGGUGGAAGAGAAGGAAUCCGAAGCCUGCUGAUGCCGACUUGUAUGAUUGCUUUGCCUGCUUCUAUACAUUAAAUCCUGGACAUGUGGCACCUAUCGAGUACGAGAGUCUUUCCUUGAGGGAGGCAGUCGAUACGAUGCAGGAAGCUCGAAAGCAACAUGACAAAUCCUUGAGACAGGCCAUCGCUUCACCGUCUGACAAUGACAAGACGCGAUGA